CCCGGUUCUUGUUCAUAUGGUUCUAACCCGUUUCUCUAACACAUGGCUCCGCUUAGCUCGAAGUACCCCGUCUAACCGGCCACGCCACUGUGUCAAUUCUCAAAUUCAUUUCCUUUUUCUGAUUCUGCAAUGCAAAGGGUAUCUUCAACCUCCAAAAUUUGGAGAACCAUAGCAUCCAAUGCCAGAAAAAACCUCUUUCACUUCAAUGAUCCCUGUUACCGUUCUUUCACUACGGUUUCCCCCGCAUUAACUUCCCAGAGAUUGCACCAACCGGAACUCCCCUGCGAUUUUCGGAAAUGGGGUUCGCUUGGAUUCUGCAGGACGUCAAGAUUCGCCACUGGCUUCAACCCUUUGCAACUCAAGCCGUUGGAUUCUAUUGUAGAUAUUGAGAGGCUCAAGGAUCGGGAUCCUGAAAAUAUCACUUCCAUUUGGGAUGAUUAUCACAUAGGUAGAGGUCAUAUUGGAGCAUCUAUGAAAGCAAGUCUUUAUCACUUGCUAGAGCAUAGAGCUAAAGAAUGCCGAUAUUUUGUCAUUCCUUUGUGGAGGGGAAGUGGUUAUAUAACAAUGUUUGUUCAAGUUCAGACGCCACACAUGCUUUUUACCGGUCUUGAAGAUUACAAGGCUAGAGGAACACAAGCAUCUCCCUACUAUACUGUAUCCUUUUACACAGAAUUUGCAGAGAGCAAGGACUUGGUACUGAUACGUGGGGAUGUUGUUUUUACCAGCAAGCUGACUGACUCGGAGGCAAAAUGGCUUGUGGAAACUGCUCAGUCUUUUUAUUUGAAUGAUGUGAGGUACAAACUAGUCGAGAGAUUCAAUAAAGAUCCAAGUGAAUUUGAGUUCAAGGAUGUCUUGCGAGCAUUGAACAUGCCUAUCUUAUAACCAUUUUCAAUUGGACAGCUUCUGAACUAAUUUAUAGCAAUCAAGCAAAAGUUGAAAGAGUUGUUUAGAACGAGGAUAAGUUGGGAAUAAGGAAAAGGAGGAGACAAAAAGGGAAUGUCAUAGAAUGUUGGGAGAGGGAUUUUUCAUAUGUUGUAUUCAAAUUAUUUUUUUGUUGUUUUUCCUUCAUGGUACGAUCAGGAGAGUCUUGAUCCGAACUUUCUAUUGCAGUCUUAGAACCAGUCUUUGUUUUCCUUUUUUGCUGAACAUUCAUUUUCUAGUUUCAAUAAGGAGAUAUUUGAUUCAAAUUUUGGUUGAA